AUGAGAAGGCGCAGGUUAUCUCAGACCUCCAGCCUCCAACAGCUAUGCGAAGAUAUGAAUUGGGAACUAGAUCCACUUGCGCGCACAGAGGAUAUAUUCGAAAUUGUCGAAGAGAUCGGAAAAGGCGGAUUUGGCUCAGUUUACAAAGUUCGACAUAGACAAUCUGGUUUAUGCCUAGCAGGCAAAACAAUCAAUCCAGAUGUCCUUACCGGAUCUGCAUCUGAGUCAAUUGUCCGAGAAAUCGAGUUAAUUAAAAAGAUUACUACAGCAUAUACAAUUCAAUUUUACGGAAAUAUAAUAUAUAAUGACGAACCUAUGCUAUUAAUGGAGUACUGUGACCGUGGAUCGCUAAGAGAUAUCUUAGAUUUCCGUGGCGAAACAUUAACUGAGCAACAAGCGGCUUUCGUCAUAGCAGAUCUUCUCACAGCCGUCCACAUACUUCAUACUAAAUACAAAAUACUUCAUCGCGACAUCAAAGCUGGAAAUAUUCUCUUAAAUUCGAGCGGCCAAAUAAAAGUAACAGAUUUUGGUUUAAGUACAGAGUUUUCAAACGGGAAGUUCAAUACAUUCACCCCAAUGGGUACGCCUUAUUGGAUGGCCCCAGAAGUUAUCAAUGGAAAGCCAUACAGCUUUCCUGCCGACGUUUGGUCGAUUGCAGCGACGGCAAUCGAGUUGAUUGAAGGUGGCCCGCCAUACUACGAGCUCGAACCGACAAAAGCUAUGCUAAAAAUCGCAAGAUCAGGAUUUCCAGGUUUCCGCAAUCCAAAAGCUAUGUCUAAAGAAUUUAAAGAUUUUAUUUCACACACCAUGUCCAGAGACCCUAAUAAUCGCUGUACAAUACCUCAAUUACUUGAACAUCCUUGGAUACAACAGAUUACGAAGCUUGAUAGAACAAUAACGUUAGCUCCAAUAGUUGAUACAGUAGUAGACAGAAAACAAUUGAAGGAAGUCGUCGGAUCUCAAGAAACUCCAUGGCGAUCGUUCCAUUUAAAGUCUACUAAUGUGGAAAAAGAUUCUUAA